CGACUGUCCGGUGUUCCCUGAACGCGGCGCUCCGCUGCCAUAUUGUUGUUGUAUUUUCGGGCAGCGGCGGAGUUUCAGCUGCUUGUGAGUUGGAGACACUGCUUUGCUCACUAUCUGGACUACAACCGAGCUUCAAGUCACUGUAAAAGUCUCCGGACAACGACAAGUCCCCUCGGGUGAGGUUAAGAUGGUGGACCGGCUUGCGAACAGCGAGGCCAACUCCAAGCGCAUCGCGGUUGUGGAGAGCUGCUUUGGCGCCGCGGGCCAGCCGCUGGCCAUCCCGGGCCGCGUGCUGAUCGGCGAAGGCGUCCUGACUAAACUCUGCCGCAAGAAGCCCAAAGCGCGGCAGUUCUUCCUCUUCAACGACAUCCUGGUCUACGGCAACAUCGUCAUCCAGAAGAAGAAGUACAACAAGCAGCACAUCAUCCCGCUAGAGAGCGUCACCAUCGACACGGUGCCGGACGAGGGCGACCUACGCAACGGCUGGCUCAUCAAGACGCCCACCAAAUCCUUCGCCGUCUAUGCCGCCACCGCCACCGAGAAGUCCGAGUGGAUGAACCACAUAGGGAAGUGCGUGGGAGACUUGCUGCAGAAGAGCGGUAAGGCUCCCACCGGCGAGCACGCCGCCGUCUGGGUGCCCGACUCGGAGGCGACGGUGUGCAUGCGCUGCCAGAAGGUGAAGUUCACGCCGGUCAGCCGCCGCCACCACUGCAGGAAGUGCGGCUUCGUGGUGUGCGGGCCGUGCUCGGAGAAGAAGUACCUCCUGCCCAGCCAGUCGUCCAAGCCGGUCCGCGUCUGCGAGUACUGCUACGUGCAGCUGACGUCAGGAAGCCUCGCGCCGCGCUCAGACUCCAUCAGUCGGCCGGGGUCAAAGUUCACCAACCUGUCGGACGAUGAGGACGAAGACGACAGCAGUGACUGAGGGACGCACCAUCCUCCCGACGGCAUGUCCCCCCCCCCCCGCCGUCGUCGAGGAGGAGAAACUCUGCUGAUUCUUUUUUUCAUUUUGAUUCCUUUUUUUAUUUUUCCUCGCUCCACGCUCCGCCAGUGAGGAUUAAUUCACUUCCUGUCUCCUUCUACAAACCAAAAUAAUUCCAGCAGGGAUAAAUAUUUUCCUGAACAUGGUGAUUAUUAAACGAUGAAACGUGUGGAAUUAACGAGGGUGAGCAGCAGAACUCUGGGAAAGACUGUUCACGGCUUCCUUCUGCUCGGUCCGCCUCUUCUCUCUUGACUCUUAAUUAGGCUGCAAUUAGUCACUACAGAACACAACGGUGCUAAACGAGAAACGUCCCUUCUGUCCUUCUCUUAAGUUAAUUCCAUCUUUGAGGCUUUUUUUUUCCCCUCCAGAGUUUUUUCUCUUCUGUCCAUGAACUACACAAGGUGAUUGCUUGUAAUUUCUGCAGGGAAAAUCAAAUGUUUGGGCUCUAAUCUUUUUUUUUUAUCUCCUCUGUCCUUCAGGUAUUACACCAAACAGACAUUUGAUAUUUUUCUGCCCUACUUUGAAACACGUUGGAGCUUUUCAUAAAUAACAAAAAAUGUAGAAACUAAGCUAAACUCAGAGCUUUUUUUUCUAGUUGACCUAAUAUACUGUAGUUGCUUCUGACAAAUCAGCUAAAGUGAGUGUGUUUGUCGCUUGCUAACACACUUUCCUCAGCAGCCCCCCCUCCAAAAAAAAAACUAACUCUACCUUUUGCCUUUACUGUCACGUAGUGCCUUGUAGAAAAAAAAAUCAAGCUUAGCCUCCAGUAAAGAAAAAAAAGGUUAUUCGCUAAUGAAAGAACAGGGCAGUUCAUGAUAGGUUGACUCUGAAACACAUUACACAGGAUGGACUUGUUUGGUUUUGUGCUCGUGUGCUGCAAAACAAGAGGAGCAGAGAGGUCAGCGACCAGCCGACAGACGGACAGGAAGGCUUCCAUUUGGACCUUUUUUUUUUCUUGGGGAAGUUUUUCCAAGCGUUCGUCAUUGACACUCAAAUUAGAAUAUGUUUGAGUUGUUAAAAAGCCCAGGUGCUGGUUUUUUUUUUUUCAGAUUUAGCUGCUAAUGUUUUAGGUAUUUUAUUUCCCAUCACAGGAACUAACAACCUGUAACUUUAAGAUCCUGUAAAGCUUUGGUGCUGCUGCGGUUUUUUUAGAAACCACGACUUUCAUCGUCGCCUUUUAAAAUGUUUUGGAAAAUGUGGUUCGUUAUUCCCCCGAAUCCCAAGAUGAGUCAGUCCACAACCCCAAAAAUAUGUAGUUUACUAUCAUAGAAGACUAAAUAAACCAGGAAAUAUUCACAUUUGAGAAGCUGGAAUCAGCCUAAUUUGGGCUUUUUUUUUUUUUUUUUUUUUUCUUAAACAACUCAAAAUGAUUAAUUGAUUAUUAAGAAGUAGGCGUCACAGGAUAAGUGGCUCUAAAACAGACGAUCUUUUACGUGUAAUCUCUUUUUUUAAAACUUCAUUAUCUUUAAAUGAAGUGAAGCAGAUGGUCGACAGAGUGGAUGAGAGAGUGACGGGAGACCGAAUCCAGACCAAACAUCCCUCAGGACCAAUCGGCUGCCAGCUCGCUCUCUCUCUCUCUCUCUCUCUCUCUCUCUCUCUCUCUCUCUCUCUCUCUCUCUCUCUCUCUCUCUCUCUCUCUCUCUCUCUCUCUCUCCUCAAUCAGAAGAUGAAGAUCAGCUGGAGAACAGACUGCAGGAUGACGCUGUGCAAUCAUUUCUAAGCUUUUUUAAUUUCAGAGAAAGUCAAACAGUGCAGAUGCAGCUGUUGGAAACAUUCAAAAAUUAGUUGAAAAUACCCGAAAAGUUGGUGGGAAAUGAAACUUAAUAGCUGACUCCCCAACACUCCCACACUGUGCAAACAGACUAGAGUUUACACAGAUACACCAAUAAAUAACAAGGCAGUAAA